CCUUGGGCACAGCACCAGCGCUGAGAGCCGCCGACCACUCAGCCUCGUCCUCAUGGCCUGCCUGAGCCCCGAGCAGCUCCAGAAGUUCCAGGAGGAUGGGUUCCUGGUGCUGGAAGGAUUCUUGUCUGCAGACGAGUGUGCAGCCAUGCAGCAGAGGAUCGCGGAGAUAGUGGCCGAGAUGGACGUCCCGCUCCACUGCCGCACAGAGUUUUCCACGCAGGAGGAGGAGCAGCUGCGGGCGCAGGGCAGCACCGACUAUUUCUUGAGCAGCGGCGACAAGAUUCGGUUCUUCUUUGAGAAAGGGGUUUUUGACAAGAAAGGAAACUUCCUGGUCCCCCCGGAGAAAGCCAUCAACAAGAUUGGCCACGCUCUGCAUGCCCAUGACCCUGUCUUCAAGCGUGUCACACACUCCCCCAAGAUGCAGGCCUUGGCCAGAAGUCUGGGCCUCCAGAUGCCUGUGGUGGUGCAGAGCAUGUACAUCUUUAAGCAGCCUCACUUUGGCGGCGAAGUCUCCUCUCACCAGGACGCCUCCUUCCUGUACACGGAGCCCCUGGGCCGGGUGUUGGGCCUGUGGAUGGCGCUGGAGGACGCCACGCUGGAGAACGGCUGCCUGUGGUUCAUCCCCGGCUCGCACACCGGUGGAGUGGCGAGAAGGAUGGUCCGGGCCCCUGCUGGCUCGGUGCCUGGCACCAGCUUCCUGGGGUCGGAGCCAGCCCGGGAUAACAGCCUCUUUGUGCCUACGCCAGUGCGCAGAGGGGCCCUUGUCCUGAUCCACGGAGAAGUGGUGCACAAGAGCGAGCUGAACCUCUCUGACCGCUCGCGCCAGGCCUACACUCUCCACCUCAUGGAGGCCUCUGGCACCACCUGGAGCCCCGAGAACUGGCUCCAGCCGACAGCUGAGCUGCCCUUCCCCGCACUGUACACCUAAAGGCUCCGCAGGCCUGGGCACGGCCCCUCCGGGGAAGCUGUGGCCGCAGACACCAGCACCUGUCGACCGUCCAGCUGCAGCGGGAAGUCACCUCUCUGCUCCUGAGCUUUCCUUCUGCCAGUGUCUGUGCCCCUUGGCCCUGCAGACAGGCGGGCAAGGACAGGGGGCGGCUGGGCAGCGGGAACCCUCCCCGCUGCCCCAACACAAGCUCCCUCUGGAGGCGGCUCUCGGCUACAAAAGGGUUCUGGCCACUCCUCCGCCAGCUUCUUCCUCUUCUCGCCCCUCAGACAGAACGUUAUUACAGCGCAAGGCACCGAAUAAAAAUGAAAUGACUUCCGAAUGCA